GGCGGCAGUUCAUUGCGAGAACAAACAAGCAGACGAAAGUGCUGAAGUGACUGCUCAGAAACCAAAGAAAAUGUGUGUGGGAAAAGUUUCAGUUAGUGAUAGGAUAGAUGGGCCUUUCAAAUCCCCUCGUGGAAACGUGACGAAAAACAUGGAACUAGUUACCGAAACUGGAAAAGUGCCAUACCAAGAAGACAUCUUAGCCCUCUCCACCUACUACACCAAAGUGGCCCUUGUGGUCUUCAGCCAGUGGGUUAAGACCUUCCAGGAAUCAAUAUACUACAAAAUUAUGUUCCACACCACCCAGCCCGCUCAUGUGGUAACCACCAUAGCCGUCCUCAUGGUAUCCCUGAUGUUGAUACCCACGGAAAGACGGACGUCGACUCAGUCACCCCUGUGGUCGCUCAUCUACAUGGGGUGUUUCAGUGCCCAUUUUGGUGCUCAAUUGUGGAUGACCUUUGUUUCCGGCCUUUCACUCUACUUCGCCCUACCCCGUCAUACCUUCGGCAACGUACAGAAAGUCCUAUUUCCAAAAUACUUCCUCGUUAACGCUAUUUUGAGUUUAAUAACACUUUACGUGUUCCUUCGUGCUCACAACUACCACCUCAAGUCAACGGAGAUUGCUACCCAGGUUGCUGCUAUGACCUUGUGCUUUUUGAUCGAGUUGGUGAUUCGUUUGUACUUAACACCGUCGCUACUUAGCCUCAUGACCGUGAAGAACCGAAUUGAAACACAAGCUGGAGUGGGGUUGGAGGUCGGGAAACUGGUACCGGGAAAUCUUUUGAGGUGUCCACACUAUGUGAAAGUUCAUAAAGGCUUCCGGAAGGUACACAUGAUCAUUGCCAUUGGAAAUGUUAUCACUAUGGCGUGUACGAUGUUCCACUUGUAUUAUCUAUCACAAAAACUGUGUGUAUUAUAGCACUAUUUAUUGUCAAUUCGACCGAAUACCUUAUUGCUUUAUUUUAAAGCAACCCUAGUCUGUAAUAUAUUUAUUUUUUGUACAGUUACGUUUUUUAUAUAAAUUAUAUGAUCGAA